GCGGCUUCGGUUUGGCCGGUCGUUCUUUCCGCUCUUUCCCGCAGACUGGCUCCGCGAUAGGCCAGUGGCCAGAUGUGGGGGCGCAGGGCCGGGGCCUUGCUUUCGGUAUGGGAGUUCCGGCUGGCAGGGGUCCCCGGAAGGAGGCUCCGAAGCUGCGACGCCGCCUCGCUGGAGGGAAGCGGUGCGCCGCGAUGCUGGCGCUGCGGCGGCGCAGGGGGCCCCGGGCGGGGGAACGGAUUCUUCUGCCAGCACUGCGGCGCGCUGCAACCUCCGGACCCUACUCGAGACUACUUCAGCCUCAUGGAUUGUUUCCUUCUAGUAACCGAUCCUUCAGCGUGGAUAUUGGGAAGCUCCAGCACAGGUACCAGCAACUGCAGCGCCUUGUCCACCCAGAUUUCUUCAGCCAAAAGUCUCAGACUGAAAAGGACUUCUCAGAGAAGCAUUCGACCCUGGUGAAUGAUGCCUAUAAGACCCUUCAGGCCCCCCUGAGCAGAGGACUGUACCUUCUAAAACUCCAAGGAAUAGAAAUUCGUGAAAGCACAGAUUAUGAAACAGACAGUCAGUUCCUCAUGGAGAUAAUGGAAAUCAAUGAAAAACUUGCAGAAACUCAAAAUGAAGCUGCCAUGGAAGAGAUCGAAUCUACUGUCAGAGCUAAACAGAAAGAAUUUACUGACAAUGUAAACAGCGCUUUUGAACAAGGUGACUUUGAAAAAGCAAAGGAAAUUUUAACAAAGAUGAAAUACUUUUCAAACUUAGAAGAAAAGAUCAAGUUAAACAAGAUUUCCCUCUAGUCACUAAUUUUAAGUUAAAAAAAAUAAACUUCCUCUGUACUUCUU